AUGGUAGACGAAUUACCGAAUUGUGAUUAUUACAUUCCCAGUGAAUGCUAUAUAACACCAUUCGAUGAUAAAGAUGAAAUUAAUAAUAUUAUUUUAUCUAAGACAAUUGAUAUUUUAUUACCAAAUGGACGUGUCAUAAAGUUAGAUCAAAAACCAGAUGAAAAUUUGAAAGAUAUUCGAUUAACAUUGAAGAAAAAAUAUAAUAUUACAUGGUCAUAUCAAUUUUCAUCUAUUACACAUACGUCAAAUAAUGAUGAUGGUGAUGUUAUUUUAGAUGAAAGUCAACCCAUUGAAAAAAUUGGUCUCGUUUAUGCAUUUUUACGUAUUGAUAAAGGUGAACAAAAACAAUUAUGUCCAUGGGUUAGUGUCUCAGAUCGUUUUGAUCUAGAUCAUUUGAAUUAUUUUUCCGAUAAUUUAUGUAAAUGGCGUGAUUCAACAAUUGCAAAAGAUAUUCUUGAAGCGCCACCAUUAAUUUCUAAUUCUUCUCUGUCAAAUAUCGAUGAAUUUCCUGUUUACGUUAAACGUUUAGAUAAAUCUUUUUUAUGUGAUAAACAAAUGAAACCAAAUGAUCUAUUAAGAGACAUUAUAACUGAUGAUGUAUAUCGACAAAAAAAUUUCGAUUAUUUUAAUUCAUGUACUGAACAAAUACUGAGGUUUUCUUAUAGAAAUGAACUAUUAAGCAAUAAUAAUUAUCCACUUUUACAAUAUUCUUAUGUACAAGAAUGUCUUAUAAAAAAUCAAGAAAUUCAUGUCGAAAUAAUGCAAAUCGAAAUACCAAAAGAAAAUGUUAAAGAAAAGGUGACUUUUAUUGAACCAAAUAUUUUUAUGCAGAAUAAUCCACAAACAAAUCAACGGCAGAUUCCACAGUUAAUAAGUGAAAAUAAUGAAAAUUUUGGCUUUCAUUUUCGUUUACCACCAUCAUCAUCGGCAAAACAGCAAACAUUCACAUUUCGUUUGGGUCUCUAUUAUGGACGUCGUCGUUUAUUUCAAAAUGAUGAUAUCACAUGGAAUAAUACAACAUUAGAAUCAAUUCCAAUUAUAACACCAUUAAAACUUUGUCAAUUAUUACCUGGUACAUUGUUGUGUUUAUCAUUAACAUCAGUAGCGUCAUUAAAAAAACUUGAAACAUAUUUUUUAAAUUUGAGUAUAUUUCGUUCAAACGGUUAUCUAAUGAGUGGUACAUAUGAGUAUUUAUUUAAUCCAGCUCAUAAUCUAAUACCUACACAUCAUUUAUAUCCAAGUGCAUUUAUUGGAAGUGCAUCAAUAACAAAUGAUAAACAUUAUGAAAUUAAAAUAAAAUUUUCACAACAUUACGAUUGUAUAAGAUUUUAUACGCAGGAUGAAAUAGACAAAGAAUUAAGUAAAAUAGAUAUUCCUCGACCAACAUCUAUUUCAUCAGUUAAACGACAGAUAAAUGAUACAGGAAAUAGUGAAGCAUUAAACUAUUUGUUAGGAAUUCUUAGUGAACAAACCGAAUAUGAUGUACCUGAACCAUCAUGGUUUUCUCAACAAAAUGAUUGGUCAUCAGCACCUAUUGAUUCACUUCCAUGUGUUAUUCAUUCAGCUGUCAAUCAAAUUCAUACAACAAUAAGUCAAUCUACAUUAUCUUUGCUACCAUACGAUAAACUAUUUUAUAUUUAUAAAUUAAUUGAACUAUGGCCUCAAAUCUCAAUGGAAAUGUCUUUUUUUCUUCUCGAUUGUACAUUACCUGAUGGACGUAUACGUUCAUACAGUGUAUCUAAACUAGAACAAUUACCUGAUCAUGAAUUUAUAUUCUAUUUACCUCAAAUAAUUCAGGCAAUGCAUUUUGAACUUUAUGUAGAUACACCGUUAAAUCGUCUCAUACUAAAACGUUCUCUAUGCAAUCGAACAAUAGGUCAACGUUUAUUUUGGUCACUUACAACUCAAUCAACAUUAUCAGCAUCGAUUACAUCUCCAGAUUAUUUAACAGUCAAAUCACCGGAACAAAAAACAGCACCAAACAUUUUUAGUCGAAAUGGUAGAAUAUUACUCGAAUUAUAUAAAAUAUAUUGUGGUAUCAAUAUAUUUAAUGAUCUUCAAACACAAUUGAGAAUUAGUUUACGUCUAUCUACAAUAAAUCAACGUAUACGUGGUAUUGAUCGUCAUGGAAGUGAAUCUCAAUCGAAGAAAUCGAGUAGUGAAUUAAAACAGCAAUUAUUAUUCCGUUUAAAAGAACAAAAUCCAAAUACUUGGUGUUGUGUAUCACCAUUUGAUAGUUCAUGUUUAUACGGUGAAUUAUUGAUAGAUGAAUGUAAUGUAUUUGAUUCAUUUAUGAAACCAUUUAAAUUAGUCUGGUUAAAUGCAUUGAAUUCACGUGAAAAAUUUGAAAUUAUUUAUAAAAUUGGUGAUGAUUUAAGACAAGAUGUUCUUACUUUACAACUAUUUCGAUUAUUUGAUAAUAUUUGGAAACAACAACAAAAUGAGAAAUCAUUAAAUUUAUAUAUGACAUUUUAUGAUAUUUUGUGUACAUCAGAUAAAACUGGCUAUAUUCGAAUAGUACCAAAUGCUCAUACCAUCUUGAAUAUUUAUCAUAAAUUCAAUACAACAACAACCUAUAAACAUACAGUUGUCUAUAAUUGGUUAGCAAACAACUGUACAGUCAAUUCUAACAAAUCAAUAUCAAAAGUACAUGAACAAGGAAAAUUACCACCAACAAUUCAAAAAAUUCGUCAUCUUCAAGAAAUUGAUAAUAAUAGAUCUGUUCCACCUAAUGUUCUUAAUAAAUUUAGAAAAUCGUGUGCUGCUUAUUGUACAGCUGGAUAUGUUAUUGGUUUAGGUGAUCGUCAUCCAUCAAAUAUAAUGAUAACAAAUGAAGGUCAAUUAUUUCACAUUGAUUUUGGUCACAUUUUAGGUGACUAUGUUAAAUUUGGAAUGGUUGCUCGAGAAACAACGUCUAUCAUUUUAGUUGAUCACUUUCUCUAUGUAAUAACAAAUCGUCAAAUGUCAAAUUUAAAAGAGAAUGAACAUUAUAAAGAAUUUAUACAUAUUUGUCUAGAAACAUUUCGUUUAUUAAGAGAAAAUGCCUCAGCUAUAUUUGGCUUGUUAUAUUUAUGUAUCUAUCAACAAAUGCCAUUAUUAAAUUCUAUUCAAAAUUUAAAUUAUAUUCGACAAGCUCUAUUUUUAACGGAUAAACCAUGUGAAAUGCAUAUGGCAUUAAAUACAUAUCGAAAAAAAAUUGAAUUAGCUAGGAAUGAUACUAGACGAUUUCUUGAUUGGAUUGCACAUUCUCUAGUCCAUAAACCAGUUCAUAAUUAA